CUUCCCACCCAUUCCCCCCAUUGAAGAGGGCCCAGAGUUGUGGCUUUGCACCCUCCAACGUACCUUACCUGACCCGGACAUGGGGCCUGACCUGGGGAUGCAGCUGUGAGAAAAAAAGGUUUAUGGCAGGCAAAGUGUACAGAGUACAGAGUACCUCUAACAAGAGAGGGGAAUACCGUGGAAAAAAAGAACGGGAUAGGGAAACGCACCAAAUCAUAUGCCCAACCAGACAAAUCAAUUUUGUCCAGUAUGAUUAGAACUGUGCUUCACUGUUGUCGCCUUAUCCGCUCCAUUCCGCCGCCGCCAAACUUGCCCUGCCCUUCUCAUCUAAACCUUUCUUCCCUUCCACUUUUCCCUUCACAAGUUCACUCGCCCCUCGUUGUCUUCUUCCCGCCCUUCCCCCCUAGGUACAACGUACAUCCUACACCACCUAAACUCUUCUUCCCGUCGAGUCCGUUGCGUAGUCGUACUGGCUCGCCUCUCCCGCGCCCCGGUUCAAAGACCCUGUCCGCGCUGACCAACCAGAAGAGAAGCGUUCGAUAUCCUUCGUCCGCAACGUCCGUCGUCGUCGAAAACGCUCCGGCCCAGCAAGGGGUCCCGGUGGAACCCAUUGUGUGGCAAUUCCUUCAAAACUUUGCUCUCCAUUGGAUGACCCGAUCCAAGGUCGCGGGGCAGCCACAGCUGUUGUUUAUAUCAGCCACACCAAGGCCACCGGUUAGGCACGCUGUCCAACUGGCUUCGUGGUCCCUUCGCCUGUUGUUCUCUCUGUCAGUCAUUUCAAUUCAGGACAAUACUCUCAUGUUACCCUUUUUCAAACAAACUUCUUCCGAAUCACUCGUCAUACGCUAUCCGAGAGGCUCAACAUCCUUUUCACUCGGCUUUCAUGUGUGUUGAGCACAAAUCUGUUUGCCCAGUCUGUCGGAGACUCUUCCUCGUCUAUGUCGCCUUUUGUCACGCAUAUCAUCCUCCUUUAUUGGAGUGUCCAUUUGGUGUUGUAGUACACCCAAUGCAGAUGCUCGACGGGCGAUGUCCGAGUCCUGUUUGUCCAAAUAGCCGCGUGGGGGGCUGCUUGGUCAUUUAGGGAGAAACUUCG